UGACUUUUUUACUUCUUUGUUGGUGUCUCGGUUUCUUGAUUCGGUUUGUCAAAAAGCAUUGAAUUGUGGUGUCUUUUGUCUUCGUGCUACGAUUAUUGUGCAAAUAAAAUUGUGGAAAAUCUAAAAUUUAUCUCGAAUGAAAGUUAAAAGCAUCUGCAGUUAUCCCAAUUUAAUAUAUUAAAAGUGAAUUUACACACAAAUCGAUAGCUUGAUUGGUUUUCUGGAGAAAACGACAUCAGCUGCAGCGGAGAGCAUAUUCGAUUAGCCGACGACACAAUUUAUCAAUAACCAACUUCCAAAUCAGUCUUGCCCCACAAACAUACAAUCAUAUAUACCUACCUUCAUACAUCAUUGCGAACUAUUCCGGUCGGCCCCUACCUACCUCCGGUCAGAAAUAAACUACUCGGUUAACACCACGUCCCUCACCUGUCUUUUUUUUAAUCAACCUAAACACAACUGUUGGCACAAUAGAAAACAAAACGUUUUCAUAUUUGCUAGCAAUAAAUUGUCAUAAUAUUUUUAUGAAAUUCGUCACUAUUGCUAAAAAUAGAAACGAAAUCGCCGAGUGAAGAUCAGGACGGUAAGGAAUAAACAACAGGCAAACAGAAAACUUGACGUCAAGUUCCAAAGGGUUUGAAUAGCUCAUAGAAAUAAUGGAGUUUUUAUUUGGAUCACGCUCUAGCAAAACCUUUAAACCCAAGAAAAAUAUACCAGAAGGUACCCACCAAUAUGAUUUAAUGAAACAUGCGGCAGCAACAUUAGGUUCAGGAAACUUACGAAAUGCUGUCGCCUUGCCAGACGGUGAAGAUCUCAACGAGUGGGUCGCAGUAAAUACUGUCGAUUUCUUCAAUCAAAUCAAUAUGUUGUACGGUACCAUCACUGAAUUUUGUACCGAAGAAAGUUGUGUUAUCAUGUCAGCCGGACCAAAAUAUGAAUAUCACUGGGCGGAUGGACUUACCGUCAAGAAGCCGAUUAAAUGUAGUGCCCCGAAAUACAUUGAUUAUCUUAUGACAUGGGUGCAAGAUCAACUCGACGAUGAGACACUAUUCCCAUCGAAAAUCGGCAUACCAUUCCCAAAGAAUUUCCUCAGCAUAGCUAAGACCAUUUUAAAGCGACUGUUUCGUGUUUAUGCGCAUAUUUACCAUCAACAUUUCUCAGAGGUCGUAACACUGGGUGAAGAGGCACACCUGAACACAUCCUUUAAGCAUUUCAUAUUCUUUGUCCAAGAAUUCAAUUUAAUUGACCGCCGCGAAUUGGCACCACUGCAGGAACUCAUUGAUAAAUUAACAGCAAAAGAUGAGCGGCAAAUAUAGGAUUUAAUGCAAGUCGGUAUGCAGUUGGAGUUUUGAGUGUAAACGAUUAUGGUAAAAAGAAAUGGAUGGGAGACAGUAUGAGCCGAUAGAGAAGCAAUAAAAACAACAGUGCGGAGACUGUUGAACAUAAUAAUAAAAAAUAUACGGAGGCGGUCUCAUGUAUUUACCCGUUUUAAUAAUAAUUUUUAGUAACUUUUACAAGAGCUGCAAUUUAUACCGAUGAUUAUGUUUCACUGAUGAAAAAAGAAAAUCAAUGAGGCGUAUUCUUGUUUUCGUGCGAAUCGAAAAUUUGAAAUUAUUGGAGCGUAUUCUUGUUUUCGUACGAAUCGAAAAUCAUGAAAUUGUCCUAUCAUUUUCUAUAUAAAAAUUUGAAAUUUUCGAUUCGUACGAAAUCCAGAAUACACCGCAUUGUGUAGAGAAUGAUAGGAAAAUUCCUACGAAAACAAGAAUAUGCCCCAAUAUAAUUAUACAUUUAUAAUUUCACAAAUGUAUGAUGAACGUUUAAACGUCUGCACUGUAUGCUUGCAUUACUAUGACUAGAAUUUACAGUAAAAUAAUUUAUCUCAUUUUUUAUGUUUACUAUGGCUUAAGCAGCUAUAAAUGCAAUAUGCUUAUUUGAUUAGUUACCGCUUUAAUAUAUAAUUUAUUAAUUAAGAUUUAUUUAAAGAAUUUUAGCUUUAAGUUCGAAAAAUUCCUAUUUUCCAAAAAAAGGAAACUUAAAAAUAUUUACGAAACGCUUGCGGGCUUGAAAACGUAAACACAUGUAUAUACAUACAUACAUAUGUAUAUGUACGACAUGAAAAAAUAAUAUUGGCUAAAGUCAAAAUUUUACGUGGUAGUGAGUUUAGUAGCCUUCUAAUCACUCGCCAGAGCCAUAUUUAUCGAAUGUAUUAUUAUACCCAAAUUAAAAUGAUACUACAUAGAAGAGAAUACUUGUAUUUAUGGAUAAAACUCAAUUUACAUAUUUUUCUAUUGAACAAAGAAAAUGAUAGAAAUUAAAAUCAAAACGACAAUUUGAAUAACAAUAAAACUUCGAAUAGUUCACCGAUAAAAAACUC